CUGAUCCUCUUCUCUUCUCGACACAAAGAAACAUGGCAACAACAGAACCAAUCGUUGAAGGCGCUACCGCGGCAGAGGAAGUGGCGGCGGUUCCGGUACCCGCUCCGGAGACAGGGCUAAAACACAAACUAGAGAGAAGAUGGACUUUCUGGUACGAUAACCAAUCCAAACCUAAACAAGGUGCUGCUUGGGGAUCCACUCUUCGUAAGGUUUACUCCUUUGACACCGUUGAAGAGUUUUGGUGCUUGCAUGAUCAGAUAUUCAAGCCCAGCAAGUUGCCUAGCAAUGCUGACUUUCACUUGUUUAAGGAUGGGAUUGAACCAAAAUGGGAAGAUCCCGAGUGUGCCAAUGGAGGAAAGUGGACUCUCACCAGCAAAUCAAAGGGCAAUCUUGAUACCAUGUGGCUCGAAACUUUGAUGGCUUUGAUUGGCGAGCAAUUUGGAGACACUGAGGACAUUUGCGGCGUAGUUGUGAGUGUGCGCCAGUGGCAAGACAAACUUUCAUUGUGGACGAAAACAGCCGCAAAUGAGUCGAACCAGAUGAGCAUUGGAAGGAAGUGGAAGGAAAUCAUUGAUGUUAGCGACAAGAUGACAUAUAACUUUCAUGAAGAUGCUAAAACCCGAGGUGCAAAGGCUCGAUACACUGUAUAAACACUACCAGAGCAUUUUUCCGCGCUUGUGCUGGCAAUGCUGUUGUAUGCCAUUUGUAUUAGAAUUCACUUCCGUUUGGUUGAGGUGUUAAUUUUGUUUUUGUUCGGUUAUCCCACUUUUGGGUAUAAUACUACUAAACCUUGUUCCAAUUCUUGACAUAUUCACAGUUUCCUUGUAACGUUCUAAAAGCAUGAAAUUUUGAAUAUUUUUACCACAGUUUUCCAUGGA